CUUCGUGGCCUCCGUUAACGUCUACGUCUCGUCUACAACUUUGUUCACAUUUUUACGUCGCCUACGUUUUCGUCGCGCUCUGCAACUACAACGAAUUGAUUGCGAAAAAUAAGAAGAAAAACAAAUAAAAUAACCGUUGUUUCGUUGGCUUAUGAAACUGUAACAAAAUACAUUUCGCAAUUCGAUUUGGCUAUCGAUAACGAUACCGAUAGCGGUAGCGAUAGCGAGUGAAGUGAGUUGUCGCCACAUUUAAUUUGGAUUUGGGGAAGGCCGUGUGAACUAUGACUGUAACCGCCUUUGCCGCCGCCAUGCACAGACCCUUCUUCAAUGGAUACACAGCAAUGCAAGAUAUGAACAGCGGCCAAGGACGCGUAAAUCAGCUGGGCGGCGUCUUCAUCAACGGUCGUCCACUGCCAAACAACAUUCGACUGAAGAUCGUCGAAAUGGCCGCCGAUGGCAUUCGUCCUUGCGUCAUCUCGCGUCAGUUGCGCGUCUCCCAUGGCUGUGUCUCCAAGAUCCUCAAUCGCUAUCAGGAGACGGGCUCCAUACGCCCUGGAGUGAUUGGUGGCUCCAAGCCACGCAUUGCCACGCCCGAGAUCGAGAGUCGAAUUGAGGAGUACAAGCGCAGCAAUCCGGGCAUGUUCUCCUGGGAGAUACGCGACAAACUGAUCAGGGAGGGCAUCUGUGAUCGCAGCAUGGUGCCUUCGGUGUCCGCCAUCUCGCGCCUGGUGCGUGGCCGUGAUGCGAACGGCAGCAGCGAUAGCAAUGACAAUGAUCAUGAUAAUACCGGCGGCAAACUAUCAUCCAGCUCGUGCAGCUCCAAUUCCGCACACAACCAACACAAACCCUCCGAUGAGGAUAUUUCCGACUGCGAAUCCGAGCCGGGCAUCGCUCUCAAGCGCAAGCAACGUCGCUGCCGCACCACCUUCUCCGCCACACAACUGGAGGAGCUGGAACGCGCCUUUGAGCGCACCCAAUACCCGGACAUCUUUACGCGCGAGGAGCUGGCUCAACGCACCAAUCUCACCGAGGCCCGCAUCCAGGUGUGGUUUAGCAAUCGUCGCGCUCGUCUCCGCAAGCAACACACCUCAGUGGCGGGCAGCAGCGUCGUGGCAGCUGCGGCACCAACUGUGGGAGGCAGCCAGAGCAGUCACAGCCUCAAUCACAGCAGUGUGGCCAGCUCACAUCAGUUGACCCCGCUGGCCAUGAUGCCCAGCAUCGAUGCAGUGUACCAGCAUCAUCAGUACGACUUCUACAGCAAUCCAGCUCCCGUCGCAGGCAGCAGCAGCAGCAAUCUCUCGCCGCCACCGUCGCAUCAUCAUCAUCAGUUCUACAAUCCCGCUGCCAGCACCACCGCCAGCUACAUCAUGCCCAGCUCGGCGAGCAAUUCCGCCGUCGCUCCCGAGCACUACGAUGCCUCGCAAUUGGGCGCCGUCUACAGCACUGCAUCUGAGCCGCAUCAGACAAUGCCACGUAACGAGAGUCCCAACGAGUCCAUCUGCUCCACCGGCUUCGGCCAGCUGCCGCCCACCCCCAACAGCUUGUCCGCUGUCGUCGUGGGUGCCUCAAGUGGCAACGAAGCAGCCACUUCCUCCUCCUCGCUGGUCAACGACAGCGAUGAUCUCUCGGCUGCUCUCAAAGUGGAGACAGCUGAUCUGGUGGCCCAAUCGCAGUCGCAGCUCUACACCAACUGGAGCGCUAGUCUGCGUCCCAAUGCCCCACUAUCACCUGAGGAUUCCCUCAAUUCGACCAGCUCGACGAGCAAUGCACUGGAGGUGACAGUUCCCAGCUCGGCAGCAACUGCCGCUCACCAGAUGUUCCAUCAUGCCUAUCAGCAUCCAGCGGGUCAAUAUGCCCCAUAUGCACCAUCGUCAACGCAUCCCCAUGCUCCGCAUCCCCAUCAUCCGCAUGCCCCGCAUCCGCAUGCACAUGCGCAGUAUGCCACACCGCAUUAUCCUGCCACCAGCUCGUCGCACUUCAUGCCGCAGAACUUCAAUGCAGCCGCCGCCGCAGCCGCCGCUUUCUCCUCGCCCUCGAAGAUGAAUUACACAGCGAUGCCGCCACAGCCGUUCUAUCACUCCUGGUACUAGACAACGCCGGAAUAUCACCUCUCUAAUCUCGCCAAAGAAUCAUGUUACACUAUGCUAGCACCAAGUCUCGAGUGGUUCUACAAGCUAUAUGUAGUUAUAUCCUUAGUUGUAAGAGCAUUUAGCCUAUUCCUGAGUACUACUUUGGAGAGUACAUCUGUAUAUAGUGUCUAUAAGUUGCAAAUAAAUAUAUUAUAAUUUAUA